AUGUCCACCGAAGAAAUGUUGAAUACUCUAACAAAGAACAUGAUUCAAUUCCAAGAUGAGACUCGUUCAAGCAUCAAGAACAUUGAAAGACAAAUGGGUCAAAUCUCAGGAGCAAUUAGUAAUUUAGAGGCUAGAGAUUCAGAGAAGUUGCCAUCACAAACAGAACCAAAUCCAAGGAUGAAUGCUAGUGCAAUGACUCUUAGAAAUGGAAUAGAGUUGCAAGAAGCUCAAGCACCCCUAUCACAAGAAGAGAAGAAUGUUACAACUGCUCCUUUACCACAAUAUAAAGUGGUUACACCUUUUUCAGAGGCAUUAAAGGAAAGGAGAAAGCAUGAAGCUGACAAGGACAUCUAUGAGGUUUUUAAGAAGUGUGAAGUAAACAUUCCUCUCUUAGAUGCUUUAAAGCGAAUUCCAAGAUAUGCCAAAUUCCUUAAAGAACUUUAUACGGCAAAGAGAAAGCAAAGAUUAAAGGGAAUUCAAAAGGUGAAGAUGAGUGAGCACAUUUCAGCCAUAUUUCAAAGAAAGCUACCGCCUAAAUGUGGAGAUCCAGGUAUGUUCACUGUCCCUUGCAUUAUAGGUGAGCUUACAUCUCAAAAAGCCAUGUUAGACUUAGGGGCAUCAAUCAAUGUAAUUCCAUAUUCAUUAUAUAAGUCUUUGAAACUUGGUACAUUGCAUGAAACAAGUGUUGUGAUACAAUUAGCUAACUGUAGUGAUACAUUAAUAGUAGAGGAUGUCUUAGUUGAAGUAGGAAAUCUUAUAUUUCCUGCCGAUUUUUAUGUUUCAGAUAUGGAACAUGAUAAAUAUGCAGCACCUAUCUUGCUAGGUAGACCUUUCAUGAAAACUGCCAAGACUAAGAUUGAUGUAGAUACAUGA